AUGAAGAUUGAAAACCCGCGUGAAAAGUUCCUUUCCAACUAUGAGGUUUACGACUACCUCAAGGAAAUUCUGAGCAAGAACAACUGGGGCUUCACCGCGGAGGAGCACGAAUACAAGAACGACAAGAAGUGGCGCAAAAACGACAUGGAGAACCUAGAAGCGAUCACCCGUGAUACCUUGGCAUACUUGAAGAAGUCUACUCCGGUAGAAAUGCAAAGCCCGGAAACCAUUACCGAAAUGAUGCGGUUUUUGAACACUAUGGAGUUGGAAAAAAUCGAAAAGUUGCAGAUUCUCAACAACUUGCCCCGUAACUUGGUGAGUCUCUAUGCGAUUGUCGAAGAGUGUGACUCGAGAUUUGACGAGGAAAAGUGCAACAAAUUAAUCGAAAAGAUAGACGCCCUCUUCCCAGAGGAGCAAUCGGAGGAGGUCGAGGAUGCCGCUAUGGAAGAUGCCUAA